UGAACACUUGACCUCGUUUCUGAGAAAAGCAACUUCAGGGGAAGGAAGGACAGAUAAAGUGGGAGGGGCUACGUUGAUACACGCCCACUAUUCGCGCCGAUCGGGGUCAUUUCAAACAUCACAUCAAGUCAGCUCGAUGUCUCGUCUCAUGGAAGUUAACUCGUGUUUCGAUACAUCGAGCUAUCUACAACUCGCCUAGAGGUGCUCCCAAGGGCCUGAUAAGCAAAAGAAAGGCCACUAGAGACCUUCCUAUGUGUUUUAAAUGGCUUUAUCAAAAGGGCUGUUAACGAGUCUUGCCUUUCCUGAGAACAAAGUGCGUCUAGUGCUGAUCGGCAAAACCGGAGUCGGGAAGAGUUCCGCUGGGAACACUAUUUUGGGCAGUGAACUAUUUCCGCCUGUCAGGGGGUUCAAAUCCGGAACAGAAAAGUGCAACUGGAAGUUUGUCGAUCUUAAAGAUUUGACGAUUGAGGUCACAGACACACCCGGGGUAUGCGACACCCACCGCACAAAAGAAGAUAUUCAGAAGGAGAUCGCGAAGUGCGUGGCCACCGUCACACCUGGACCUCACGCCGUGCUGAUGGUCUUCAAAGGCGGCGACCGCUUCACGCAUGAGGAGGGUCUGGCCUAUGAGGAGCUAAAGGAGAUCUUUGGACCGGAGCUCGUCAAGCACAUGAUUCUGGUCUUCACAGGCACCGACAACUUGGAGAGAGACGACAUCGACCUACCCACAGCAGUGCAAUCAGCUCCAGACAAGCUGCAGCAAGUGCUGCAAGAAGCCAGCGGUCGGUAUGUGGGCUUCAACAACAAAGCCUCCUGGCCAGAGAGAGCUGAGCAGCGGGAUCAGUUGCUGAAAGUGGUGCGCCAGGUGUUGAAGAACAACAACGACAACUACUACUCCAACGAACUGAUGAAAAUGUUCGAGAAAACUAUGCAGGAAGUGGAGGCGAAGUCUCAUCAAGAUCGCGAGCACAUCAAAGAGGAUGUUGUCAAUGAAAACUCUUCAUUUCUGGGCAGAUUUUUCGAAAAUGUUAAAAACUUCGUUAGCAAACAUCUCUGCGAAAUUAUGUAGUUCUUUGUAUCGUGUUUAACUUUUUUCCCAAAUCUCUUUGGAGGCUCUCUUUGUGUCCACAGUGUAUCAUCUAAAACGAAGUUAAACUGUAUUUACGAGCACCAUAAAAUUAACAAAAGGCAUGUGUUUAUGACAAUCAGAGAUACAUUGCUAUGCGUUCUCUCGUUUCCCUAUAUAUAUUGCAUAAGAUACAUAUCUUUGUUUGUAGACAUGGACGGUCAUCUUAGAGAAUAUUCCAGCUUUAUUCAGUCCUUUGCUGACUCCUGUAACUUUUAAAAAAGUGCUAGGUUCCAUUCUAAAUAAGAUAUACGUAUUUUACAUUU